UCUUCACUUCGGCAAAUCCUGCCUGCGUCCAAGUCAUGAAGUUCAUGUGCAAAUCUGCUGAUGUGUGUGUGUGUGUGUGUGUGUGUGUGAUGUUGCUGACUCAUGCGGAAAUUCCACGAGGAAAUACUAAUGCAAACAAACAAAACUUGAUUUACAAUGCGCGGCGUGGUUGGGGUUUAAUAUCGUUCUCGUUAUUGGACACACACACACACACACACACACACACACACACACACACACACACACACACACACACACACACACACAGAGACAGACAGACAGACAUGACAGGAGUAGACGAACCCAGUACAGUGAAAGUGAUGCCCCGCAGGGCCUGGAAGGCAAUGGAUGUUCAGGUCAGAGAACGACUGCAUCAACCUGCUGAUAAAGUUAUUAUCCAUCACACGGCACUGUGGAGCUGCUGGAGUGAGACCCAGAGCAUCGAGCAGCUAAUACACAUUCAGCAAAUGCACAUCCACGAGCGCAGCUUCACAGACAUCGGCUACAACUUUUUGGUGGACCAGGCUGGUGUGUUGUAUGAAGGUCGUGGCUGGGGCGUCGUUGGGGCGCAUGCAAAAACACAUAACCACAAUUCUGUAGGUGUUGCUUUUAUGGGCAACUUUAAUGAUGAGUCACCAAGCUUGAAGGCUCUGUCAGCUGUACAUGCUUUAAUCCAACACGGAGUGGCCAGGGGAUAUUUACAGCCCAGUGUUGAGAUUUUGGGACACAGAGAUGUUGCAGACACGCAGUGUCCAGGGGAGAAGCUGUAUACUUCACUACACAUACUCAAGACACCAACUGACCAGACAUUUUGAAGGUUUUAUUGUCUAAACCUUGUGGUUUAAUGGCAUCUCUCUUGUGAUUUUGGGACUCUUGUGUCCUGCACGUACUGUACUUUUUAUAUUUCAUAAAAUUCUUGCGUAAAUUCUAUUGACUAUUACGUCAUCAUUCAUUCUGUAAAGUUUAUCGUAACCUACUUUGUGUAUAUCAAAUCCAACUAAAAUAAAUUCCAUGUACAUUAAAGGUGA